GCUCUGCCCGCUGAAGCCUGAGAUUCCCUCGCCCGCUGUGGUCCUUGUGAGAAGCGUGGCAGGCUGGUCGUGGCAUAGGCUGCCCUCGGCUCACUGAAUACCCCGUCCUUCUUGCGCGUUCUCCGCGGCUUCCUCUCUUCUGCUUUCUUUCCUUUGUUUGAAUCACCAUGACUUUUGGGCAUCACACCCUCAGUUUUACUCUGCGGUUAAGUUUCCUCCUGGGCUCCAUUUUAGGCCUGAGCCUGGGAUUAGAGUUUAUGGGCCUCCCCAACCAGUGGGCUCGAUACCUGAGAUGGGAUGCCAGUACCCGCAGCGACCUCAGCUUCCAGCUCAGGACCAACGUCUCCACCGGUCUCCUUCUCUACUUUGACGAUGGUGGCAUCUGUGACUUCCUCUCCCUUUCUCUGGUAGAUGGUCGCGUCCGACUGCGCUUCAGCAUCGACUGUGCAGAGACCGUGGUGCUGAGUGACAAAAAGGUGAACGAUGGCGGGUGGCAUUUCCUCAUGUUGAGUCGGAACAGGCUGAGGACCGUCCUGGUUCUGGAUGGGGAAGCCAAGCCCGGAGAGGUCCGCCCGCAGAGGCAGCACAUGAAUAUUGUCAGUGAUCUGUUCGUGGGGGGUGUCCCUGGGGACAUGCGCUCAGAGGCUCUCACGCUGGCCUCCGUUAGGGAUAUGGCUCCAUUCUCUGGAUACCUACUUGACCUUAAGUACGGCAAUUCUGAGCCACGGCUGCUGGGUAGCCACGGUGCCCGGCUGGAUCUGGAGGGACUGUGUGCCGAAAACCCAUGUGAGAAUGGAGGGAUCUGUCACCUGAUUGCCGGGGAACCCACCUGUGAUUGUGCGGCCACUGGAUAUGGGGGCAAGUUCUGCUCGGAAGGCUUGGCCCACAUGAUGAUUGAUGACCAAGGUAUGGCUUUCUCAAAUCUAGAAGCACCCGCCAGACCAUUUCAUGCCUUUCACCCCCAUCACCCGCUCAUUUCCCGUCUGUCUAAUGGGACCAUCCCGGAAUUAGUUGCAGUGAAGCCCCUGGGUAUUAACCGGGAGGGCAGAUACGGAGUGUCGAGUACGUAA